AUGUACCUUCGAGAUGAGUUCGUCAUGGCUGGCGAGGUGCGCGCGGCAGUGUAUGCAGCUGUACGUCCUGUGGGCCGGCAGGUAGGCCUGGAAGGUCUUCACCGGCCUCGCGCCGCCGGCCACGCCGCGGCUGGUGACGUCACGCAUCAGUGUACAGCUAGCAACACAAGUCGCAUCAACCGACUCGCCCCGGACCUGCCCUAA